AUGGAGGUAGGAAAUGGGAGGAGUACCCGGUUUUGGGAAGAUAACUGGCUGCAAGGUGGCCCCUUGAAGGUGGUAUUUCCAAGAUUAUUCUCUAUUUCGGACCAACAAGGAUCCAUGAUUGGGGACUGUGGAUUUUGGGAUGGACUUGAGUGGAUAUGGAACUUCCAGUGGCGAAGAGAGCUGUUCCAAUGGGAGCUGGAACUGGUUAACCAAUUUCAUGAGCAGUUAAGGCAUGUGAAGUUGUCAGCUGGUAGAGAUGAUAAGGUGGUUUGGAAGUUUGAUAGUAAAGGGGUGUUUUCGACAAAGUCUGUGAUGCACGUCCUACAAAUGGAAUCUCUGUCGGAUGAGAUUACGAGUUACAGCUUCACAAGUGCAUGGCGGAGAGAGUUGUUCCAAUGGGAGCUGGAGCUUGUCCAUCAACUUCAUGAGUGGCUGAGGCCAGUGAAGCUGUCAGAUGGUAAAGAAGACACGUUGGUUUGGAAGUUUGAUAGUAAAGGGAUUUUUUCUACUAAGUCGGUGCUGCAGGUCCUACAAUCGGAGACUCUGUCAGAUGAGAUAACGAGCUACAGUUUCACAAGCUCAGUGUGGCGAGGGAUGGUACCGCCAAGAAUUGAGUUGUUUGGGUGGUUUGUGCUCAUUGGUAGAGUGAAUACUAAAGAGAGAUUGAGUAGAUUAGGCGUUAUUAGACUUAAUGAUACUCUCUGUGUACUAUGCAAGAGGGAGAUAGAGUCGGUGGAGCAUUUGUUUCUUCUCUGUGAGUUCACAUGGCAGGUGUGGUGCAGGUGGUUGAGGACUUUUGGGGAGGUUUGGUCUAUGCCUGGAACCAUAAGGGAACUGUUUGAGAGGUGGACUGGUCGGCAUAAGCGGAAACAAGAGCAGAAGAAAUGGUUGCCGGGGUUCUUUGCAGUUAUUUGGAAUAUUUGGGUGGAACGCAAUGCUAGGAUUUUUCAGAAUCAGGAAACAGUGGUGGACUGUGUACUAAGAAAGACUUUGCUGAGCUACAACGAAUGGACUGAGAGUGUAUCCUUGGGUGGUUGA